GUCCAAUUCUCUUCUCUAAUGCUUUCUGCUGCUUCAUCUUCCUCUGCGCUUGCUUCUGGCUGCGGUGCUCUUCGCGUCGCCACGCUCGCUGCCUCUGCCUCUGCCUCUGCAUCGCCAUCAUCAUCAUCAUCCUCAGUACAGACUCGCCAUGCAUCCACUUCUGCUGCUGCUGCUGCUGCUGCGCUGAGUGUGGCGUCCGUGGCUGGCUCUCGUCGCAUGUUUGCGAUCUCGCCAUUCUCCAGCAGCAGCAGCAGCAGCAGCACUGUCGCUCCACUCGCGUCAGUCCACUCCCGCGCACCCGUCUUCGCGACUGCCUCUGCGCGCGGAUUCCACUCGCACGGCGCAGGGUCGCAGGCGCUCGCCAAGUUCCCCCACCGCGCCAUCAAGGCCCAGCGCAAGGCCGGCACGCUGCCCCUCGACGACAAGACGGCCCACGUCGCCCCGCACCCGCUCGUCACGCCGCCAUUCCCGCGCGCUGUCAUUGCUGUCCCGGUGCCGGCGCUGCCCGGUGCGGCGCCAACGAAGGCCAUGAGCACGAUGGCUGCUGCUGCUGCGACCACCGCGGCCAAUGCCAAUGCCAGCAUCAUUGUCACGUACCACCCGCUGCGCGUCGUGCACGAGGACUUUACGCGUCUCACGCAACUGCCAACGCCAAACAUGCCGACGCUGAACAACAACUUCACGGUGGGCACCACGGAGGCCAUGACGCCGCUCGAUCCCUUCCCGGUCAUUGACGAGACGGCCACCUCGCCGGCCUCGGUGAUGGUCGCCAAGGGCCGUCGCACCCGCGGUCUUGCCUCGGUCGAGCGCGCGUUUAUUCCAGUAUCGCCCGCCGCCCGCACUCCUCUGCCACAGAACGUCAUGGCACGCCAGGCACUCAACCUCGUGCCCAAGUCCGCUCUGCCGCACGGCACGGAUGCAAAGACCCGCGGCACUGCCGCUGGCGCGCUGCACGUCGGCCCUGCCAAGAAUGCACACGACAGCUCUUCGUCUCCAUCGCUGGAGGCCGCCUUCCUGUCGCACUUGACGCAAGCCGGUCGUCAGGCAUUGACCGAGCGCGUCAACUUUUACGCUGCAGACCAAGAACGCCAGGCGCGCUCGACGUCGGUCGCCACCUCGGCCUCGGCAGCACAGUAUCCAGUCGCAUUCAGCAAAUAUCUGCAACAGCAAGCUCGCCCGAGCCGACUGCAAAAGACCCCGGCCGAGCACGCAGUCAAGGCUGCCGAGAAGGCCGGCCUCGACGCCGCGCGCGCCCCGAGCAUGACCGAUCCGGCGACUAUUGCCAAGGUUCGAGCGUUGCGCGCCACCACGACCAAAUCGACCGAAGAGUUGGCAAAGAUGUUUAACGUCCAAAAGGCCGUGAUCAGGCAAGUUGCACCCCUCACAGCCGAGCAACAGGCACGACACGCACCAAUCGGCGGUGUCAAUUCGGACAGCGUGCCAUUGUUGAAACGUGGCGAGUCUGGUGUGGAUCAGUACAUUGCUUGGCAGUCGGUUCGCACGGCCAAGCGAAAGCUGCGCCGAGUCACCAGCGACCGCAAGCAGCAAGCAGAGGCCAACGUUGCCAUUCUGCAAAGUCGCCCACAACCCGCCACGCAAGCGCCUCGCAAGGCUCCCAACUGGCCCGCCGAAUGGGAGACUUCGAGCAAGGCGGCCGAUGCAUCAUCCACGUCCACCCCUCCUGCUCCCAGCAGCAGCGUGUGGUAGAAGCUGUAAACAGUGUGACACAAUACAUGU